CUUCUUCUUGUUCGCCGCCGGGAGAGAGACGGACUGCGCAGCCAUGGAUUUCCCACUGGAUCCGGUUAGCAGCCUGCCCGUAUACGAUGCGUCCCCGGCUGAGGCAGCACUGGGGAGUUUGCAAGGCAGGGAUUGCGUCAGUAGCAACGCAGGCCCGGCGGCGGCGGGUGUGACCGUGCUGGGGGACCUCGUGGAGGGGACGAGUGUGGGCGAUCUUGCAAGCGGACUGGAUGGCGCGGAUGGCCCUGUGCCUGCAGAUUCCGCGGAGUCAACCGGACAGGGCAAUCCUCAGUCGCCUGGCUGGACGAAGAGGUCUGUGUCGGGCGUGCACCACCAGAUAAAACUCAGCGGCAAAGCGCAUUGGAGAAAUCGGUCAGAUGUUUCGUAGAAAAGUCAUUGAUCCCUGCCUGGGUACAACUUUUGACUCGAUAGGCGAGGCAUAAGAUUUCUACAAUCUUUAUUCCUGGGAACAUGGAUAUGGGAUCAUGUACGGAAAGAGCCGGUUAAAUAAUUUGGAGAAGACGAAAUGCAUACAGGAUAUAGUCUGUGGGUGCUCGGUGAGUAUAUAUAUCGACCACUGUGAAUUUGAUGCUUGUUUUUUUCUCUAUUAGAAAAAUCCGUGAUGUACAUUUGACUAUUUGUAUCCUGCUAUAGGGGAAGCCAACAGGCGAAAAUACUAGGUCUUGUCGUUGUGAAUGCCCUGCGAUGAUUCGGCUGUUGAGAUCUGCAGACAACGGUUGGUAUAUCGCUGAACAUCGGGUGAAUCACAGCCAUGUGCUGACAAAGACGUGCGGUGAGACAGCAUUCUGGCGUUUCCAAAAUGAUCCAGGGGGAACCGCAAUAUGCUUAUCUAUUUUUAGGGAAAGGUAUGAAUCAUGGGGGAGGCUAAUUUACUGAUUGUGCAACAGAACCGCAAUAUGCCUAUCUAUGCGCCUUAUCCAGCUGAGGCAACAGUGCUGAAUCUGCAAGGGGAGGACUCGGUCAGCAGCAACGCUGGUCCGGUGGUGGCAGGUGUGGCCUUGCUUGGGAACCUGGUGGACAGGAAUGGUGUGGGCAAUGGAGCUGCAUGGCUGGCCUGGAGGUACCAUUGGCCGCUGAUUCCGCGGAAUCAACUCGGCAGGACAAUCAACAAACGCCGGGUUCUGAAUAAUUGUGUAGUUGUGUGGACCAUGUUCUGAAAUGUUAGGACAAUC